UGGUCACGUGACACCGGCUGGGGGGGCAGGAGGGGGGCAGGUUGCGUAGUUGACUUCUUCUCCCUCAAGUUCAGUCUCACUUAUUUAUGCAACUGUUCCCGUCCGAUUCAUACUUUAAGCAGAAAAAAUGGAGACGGGUACAAGUAUGGUGAGUGGAUAUGAAGACAAGGAUGAGGAUCUCAGGCCUGAAGAUCUGUCUGAGAUGCUGGGAGCAGGGACCCGUGAAAUUCAUGAAAAGGCUGAGAAUACACAAUUUGUAAAGGAUUUUCUCAGGGGCAACAUUUGCAAAGAGCUUUUUAAGCUUGGUGUAGUAGCACUUUACUACACAUACACUGCAUUGGAGGAGGAAAUUGAGAGGAAUAAGGACCAUCCAAAUUUUGCCCCUUUAUAUUUUCCUGCAGAGCUUCACCGCCAUGAAGCCUUAGCUCAUGACAUUGAAUUCUUUUAUGGCCCUGAAUGGAAAAGCCAGAUCAACUGCUCAGAAGCCACAAAACAAUAUGUAGAACGCAUUCAUCAAGUGGGACAAGAGGACCCAGUGUUGCUGGUGGCUCACGCCUAUACUCGUUACAUGGGAGACUUGUCUGGAGGUCAAGUUUUAAAGAAGGUUGCACAGAGGGCUCUGAAGCUCCCUCCUACAGGAGAGGGGCUGGAGUUCUAUCAUUUUGAGGGUAUUCAUAGCCCCAAAGCUUUCAAACAGCUUUACCGGAGUCGGAUGAAUGAGCUGGAGUUGGAUGUGGAUACAAAGAAAAGGCUCGUAGCUGAGGCUAUUGAGGCCUUCCACUUAAACAUAAAGGUAUUUGAAGAAUUAGAUGACAUUGGUAAAAACAUUCCGAGAGAGGUGUCUGAUGCUGGCAUGUCCCACCAUGGAGCAAUGGGAGGAGAUAUUAGUAAAUGUCCUUAUUAUGCAGCUAAAAUGGCGGCUUCAGGUGGAACAGCGUAUGUCGGUCAGCUUGCCAUGGCUGUGCUCAGACACCCAACUGGACAGGUCCUUUUUGCUACUUGGUUUGCUGCUUUGGCUGGGCUAGCUGCAUGGUAUUUAAUGUGAUGCAGAUGUCAGCUGCUCUAAUGUGCAAAGAUAGGAUUGUGAACUGUGACACAAGAAAUCUUUUUAAACCCUUAACUUUUAAGUCUCCUAACUAGAAUUACAUGGAACUGAAAUAAAAGUGUUAGUGUAAUCCAACCUGUCAUGUAGGGGCAAAUGUUUUCAUGAGUAACAAUUAUUUCAUAUUCAGUGCUUUUUUUGAGCAGAGGGGAGUAUUGUAAAUGUAUAUGCAAUGGAUACUGUGUUUUAUUUUGGCAUUUGUACAAUUAUUAUAGAGCAAUGGAUUUGACAAAGUACCUUAAAUGCAAUAUUAUAGCACCUCAAAUAGUACUGUACUUAAUUUCAAUGCAGGGAUUGCUUUUAACGUUUUAUUUUAACAUGCAGUUUGGUAGACUGUAUACUACUGAUAAAUUAGGUUAACAAGAAAAUGUCAAACGUAUGGUUUAUUUUUUAAAAAGGCUUGAUAUUUUUGCACAGGACAGGUCUUAUCUGACAUAGGUUAAGUAUUAAAUGCAUUUUCAGCCACAUACUGUAUGUUUUGCUUCAGAAUUUCCAAAUACUGUACACAUUUGUGCAUUGUCAUUGGUAAGUAAAUCAUGCUUUAUACUUCAAAUGUGUUUUACUGCAGAAUAUUGUAUUAUAUAAAUUAUGCAUCAAGAAAUAAACCUGACUUAACCUCCUUGUAA